AUGGGUGCAACGACAUUUACAUUAUUCGGCCUGGCGGCUCUAGCCUCCUUGACGAUGGCCCAACAAUUCCCAGGAUUCCCAGGAAACGGAAACGGAAAUGGCAACGGGUUCGGCAAUGGCAAUGGAAAUGGCAAUGGGUUUGGAGGAGGAAAUUUCAACAAUUUUGUCGGCUUCAACAUACAGGAGGCGAUGCACAUCCGGAGAAUUCACGGCGUUUUGGCGACGAUUGCCUUCGUUAUCAUUUUCCCCGUCGGUUCGAUCGCCAUGAGACUUGUCCCCGGCCGCUUUGGAUGGAUAGUGCAUGCUCUCAUCCAGAUGGCGGGCUUCAUCCUUUAUAUUGCAGGCGCUGCUCUGGGUAUCCAGCUCACUCAAAUGGUCAGACUCGGUGGUACAAGUCUGUUUGAAAUCAAUACGAUCAACUUCCACCCGAUCAUCGGCCUUGUACUCCUAGCGAUUUUCUUCUUCCAGCCCAUCUUUGGAUACAUCCACCAUGUGCAGUUCAAGAAAUACGGUCGCCGCCAGCUUUGGUCCUACCUACAUCUUUUCAUCGGCCGCCUGUUGAUUCCCCUGGGUAUUAUCAACGGCGGCUUGGGCCUGUAUAUCUCCAACUCCCCAAAGGAGUUCAAGAUCGCCUACGCUGUCCUCGCAGCGGUCCUCGGUGUUUCGUGGAUCUUGAUCGCUGCUGUCAGCGAGUUCCGCCGCGGCCGCCAGGCCCGCACCGUUGUGGUGGAGGAGGACAAGAGACACGUACCUCACUCAAGCCGCGGCUCGUCGGUCUCGGGUCCCUACCCUAAGGUCUAA